CGCCGCCGCCGCCGCCGCUGCCGCCGCGCACCCCCGGCCCCCGAGCCCGGCGCUGCAGGAUGCCGGGGGGCAAGAGAGGGCUGGUGGCACCGCAGAACACCUUCCUGGAGAACAUCGUCCGGCGCUCCAGCGAAUCCAGUUUUUUGUUGGGAAACGCCCAGAUUGUGGACUGGCCCGUAGUUUACAGUAAUGACGGAUUUUGCAAACUCUCUGGGUACCACCGAGCUGACGUCAUGCAGAAGAGCAGCACCUGCAGUUUUAUGUAUGGUGAACUGACAGACAAGAAGACCAUUGAAAAAGUCAGACAGACUUUCGACAACUAUGAGUCAAACUGCUUUGAAAUUCUCCUCUACAAGAAAAACAGAACCCCAGUUUGGUUCUACAUGCAAAUUGCACCUAUAAGAAAUGAACAUGAAAAAGUGGUUUUGUUCUUGUGCACUUUUAAGGAUAUCACUUUAUUCAAGCAACCGAUCGAAGAUGAUUCAACAAAAGGCUGGACCAAGUUUGCCCGGCUGACGCGGGCGCUGACCAACAGCCGCAGCGUGCUGCAGCAGCUGACGCCCAUGAACAAGGCUGAGGUGGUGCACAAGCACUCCCGCUUGGCCGAAGUUCUCCAGCUGGGAUCUGACAUUCUUCCUCAGUACAAACAAGAAGCUCCAAAGACUCCACCACACAUUAUACUCCACUAUUGUGCUUUCAAAACCACCUGGGACUGGGUCAUCCUAAUUCUAACCUUCUACACAGCAAUCAUGGUUCCAUAUAACGUGUCCUUCAAGACAAAGCAGAACAACAUUGCCUGGCUGGUGCUGGACAGCGUGGUGGACGUUAUUUUUCUGGUGGACAUUGUUUUGAACUUUCACACCACCUUUGUUGGCCCUGGGGGAGAGGUUAUAUCUGAUCCCAAGCUCAUAAGGAUGAACUACCUGAAGACAUGGUUUGUGAUUGAUCUUCUGUCCUGUUUACCAUAUGACAUCAUCAAUGCCUUUGAGAAUGUGGAUGAGGGAAUCAGUAGCCUCUUCAGCUCCUUAAAAGUGGUGCGCCUUCUGCGGCUGGGCCGGGUGGCCAGGAAGCUGGACCAUUACCUGGAAUAUGGUGCUGCUGUGCUGGUGCUCCUGGUGUGUGUCUUUGGGCUGGUGGCCCACUGGCUGGCCUGCAUCUGGUACAGCAUUGGGGACUACGAGGUGAUCGAUGAACUGACCAACACCAUCAAAACAGACAGCUGGCUCUACCAGCUGGCCCUGAGCAUCGGGACCCCAUAUCGCUAUAACACCACGGGCUCGGGCCAGUGGGAGGGAGGGCCCAGCAAAGACUCCUUGUACAUAUCCUCCCUCUACUUUACCAUGACAAGCCUUACAACCAUAGGAUUUGGGAACAUAGCACCCACCACGGAUGGGGAGAAGAUUUUUUCGGUGGCCAUGAUGAUGGUUGGCUCUCUUCUUUAUGCAACUAUUUUUGGAAACGUCACCACCAUUUUCCAGCAAAUGUAUGCCAACACCAACCGGUACCACGAGAUGCUGAACAAUGUGAGGGAUUUCCUAAAAUUAUAUCAAGUCCCAAAAGGCCUUAGUGAAAGAGUCAUGGAUUACAUUGUCUCAACCUGGUCUAUGUCUAAAGGAAUUGACACAGAAAAGGUCCUGUCGAUCUGCCCCAAGGACAUGAGAGCAGACAUCUGCGUGCACCUGAACAGGAAGGUUUUCAAUGAGCACCCUGCCUUCCGGCUGGCCAGCGACGGCUGCCUGCGAGCCCUGGCCGUGGAGUUCCAGACCAUCCAUUGUGCCCCGGGGGACCUCAUCUACCACGCUGGGGAAAGCGUCGAUGCUCUCUGCUUUGUGGUCUCAGGGUCCUUGGAAGUCAUCCAGGACGACGAGGUGGUGGCUAUUUUAGGUAAAGGUGAUGUUUUUGGUGAUAUCUUCUGGAAGGAAACCAGCCUGGCCCAUGCCUGUGCCAACGUUCGGGCUCUGACCUACUGCGAUUUGCAUAUAAUCAAGCGAGAAGCCUUGCUGAAAGUGCUGGACUUUUACACUGCUUUUGCCAACUCCUUCUCCAGGAACCUCACUCUCACCUGCAAUCUGAGGAAGAGGAUCAUCUUUAGGAAGAUCAGCGACGUCAAGAAGGAGGAAGAGGAGCGCCUGCGCCAGAAGAACGAGGUGACCCUGAGCAUCCCCGUGGACCACCCCGUGCGGAAGCUCUUCCAGAAAUUCAAACAGCAGAAGGAGAUGCGCAACCAGGGCUCCAGCCACGCCGACCCCGAGCGGAACCAGCUGCAGGUGGAGAGCAGGAGCGUGCAGAACGGGGCCUCCAUCACGGGCACCAGCGUGGUCACCGUGUCCCAGAUCACGCCCAUCCAGACCACCCUGGCCUACAUGAAAAGCAGCGAGGCCGUGAAGCAGAACAACCGCGACGUGAUGGAGCUGAAGCCAAACGGGAACGGAGAGCAGAAAUGCCUCAAGGUGAACAGCCCCAUGAGGAUGAAGAACGGGAACGGGAAGGGCUGGCUCCGGCUGAAGAACACCAUGGGCGCCCACGAGGAGAAGAAGGAGGACUGGAACAACGUCACAAAGGCCGAGUCCAUGGGGUUGCUGUCCGAUGACCCCAAGUCCAAUGACUCGGAGAACGGUGUAAAUAAAAACCCACUGAGGAAAACAGACUCUUGUGACAGUGGGAUCACAAAAAGUGACCUUCGCUUGGAUAAAGCUGGUGAGACUCGCAGCCCCCUGGAGCAUAGCCCCAUCCAGGCGGAUGCUAGGUGUCCUUUCUACCCCAUUCCUGAGCAGGCCUUACAAACCACGCUGCAGGAAGUCAAGCACGAACUCAAAGAAGAUAUCCAGCUGCUAAGCAGCAGGAUGGCUGCCCUUGAGAAGCAGGUGGCAGAAAUUUUAAAAAUAUUAUCUGAAAAGAACGUAUCCCAGCUCUCUUCCCCCAAGUCUCAUUUAUCACCCCAGUCCCCUCCCCAGAUAUCCUGUCAGGAUAUUUUUAGUGUUUCAAGGCCUGCAUCACCCGAAUCUGAAAAAGAUGAAAUCCACUUUUAGCAUAUACCUAUGUGUAUAUAUGUAUACAGUAUAUAUGCAGAGGUGUAUAUAUACCUUUAUACAUAUAUAUAUAUAAAUGUGUGUGUAUACGGUAAAUAUAUAUACAUAUAUAUUUUCACUUGCAUCCAAUAUGACUUGAACACACCAAGGAUUUUGAUAUGUAAAUAUUGCAUGUCCAGCUGGAUUCUGGCCUGCCAAAGAAAGCAAUUAUUAACAUAGAUAUUGCUUGUAUAAUAUGCAGUUGACUGCAUGCACACUUUACAUUUAUUUAUAAUCUCUAUUAUGUAAUAAAAGAAUGACUUUUGUUUAACAAAGGCAAUGUACUAUUUAAAGAAUCAGGGUCUAACCUGCCAAUAUUGCCAUGACAGUUUUGAUCUCAGGCUGGGUGAAUUGAGCUUUUAUUUCCUCACUGUCUUUUCUGCCGAGUUAAACAGUAGAUUAAUAUGACGUGAAGGACACGUUCAGACUCCUGUUAGUAUUGUUUGUUUCCUGGUAUCAUUCCAUGACUAUACUGUAUAUUUGGUGAUGAAUUCCCCUACUCCUCCUAAAGGGAGGGCUCAGCUCAGUGGGCAGGGAAGGGCACCGUGCCUGGUGCUAGGGUGGAACACUGGAAUUUAUUUGUGUGGGUAUUGUGCAUGCACAGCCUUUUAUUUCAAGUAUCCUCCUGCUCUUUUAACAUCGUAAGUAAGAAAUAAUAAUAAUAAGAAGAAUAAUAACAAUGGUGAUUUAUGUAACAAAAUGAAACUAACAGAAACUCAGUUGCACUCCCUGAGUGUUUGGGGGUAACUUAUUUCUUGAAAGCCUCCUUUUACUGAUGUCAUUUUUACUGAACUGUUAGAGUAACAUUAUGUAAAUUCUCUUUGCAGCACUCAGUGGUGGUGUCCGGUUCUGUCAGUAUCUUCAUUAGCAUGUCCCAUUUUUGUGGGGUUGAGGUUGCUCUCCCCCUGUCCCCCCCUAUUGCCCCUGGCGGAAAGACUUUGCACGAGGUCUGAGCAAGGGAGAGAACACUCACAGUUCAGCUUCUUGGGAACAACAGGAGCAGAUUUGAAAGCCUGAAGUUAAAAGGCUGCAGUAAAUCCCCCUCCACUCUCUUCCAUGAGGUCAUUUAUCAGUCUGCAGCUGCCUUUAGAAAAAGAGACAAUAACUGGUCAGGGUGUAGUUCUGUGUAGUCCAAGGUGCUUGGAUGAUGCUGGGAGGGUGGUGGGUGUGCUGGGGGAUGGAGCCCUGCCUGGAGUGCUCCUGCCUGGGGAUCCUGCAGGUUUCAGUGCAUGGAGGGGCCACAUUUCAGGAGCAAGUUUGCAGUGCCCACAGGUCCCACACACACUGAGUCCCUCAGGCUGGUGUCAGAGGUUCUGUCCCUCCUCUUAGCUGCCUCCCAUCAGCAUCUGCGAGCCUUGGGCUGUGCUCAGACCCCCUCUCCACUCCUGGGCUGGAGCUGCUGGCUUCGCAGGGCUACAACAGGGCAGGCUUUGCACUGGAUCUUGUUUGGUCUCCUGUUUGGAGCUGGACUUCGGGACUCUGCCCCUGAGUGUGGUGAGGGUUUUUGCCUCUCCAUUUGCACUGGUUUGAAUCCAGGUACACAAGAUGCAUAGCAGAAAUUGCCAUUGCAGCUUCAGAGGUGUUACCUGGUAUAGUUUGAGGCCAACCCAGCAGAGCACAGUGGCCCCUUCAGAGAAGGAUUCCCCCUGGCUCUGGCUUAAAGGACCUCUUGUAUCAAGAUCCUGUUUUCAAAAGUGCCUGGAGUAAAACAUGGAUGUACCACAAGACAUCACUAUGAUUCAGGUAUAUCAAAUACAUGGCUAUAAUUAGUGAGCAUUCUAAACACCAGUAUUAGAUCCAUUUUUUAACAUUAGAAAACUAGACUAAACAAAAUCACAUCCUGAAAAACUAACAGAACCCCUAAACCCAAACAAACCAUCAUUUGCAGUAGUGGCAGUUAGGAAUCGACAUCUUAGGGUGAACAUAUCUUUGACUGUGAAAUGCAAACCCAUAGAGCUCCAAAAGUUCAUAAGAAGUCUAGAGAAGUCAUUCCUUCUGUUGUGUUAACUCAUGGAGGCUUUUGGGGAGAUGACAGUUUUUUCUGUCCUGUUUUUGCCUCUUUCUUAGAGAAAUUAGAGAAAAAAAAAAAAAAAAGAGGGGGGGGAAGAACAAAAAGCCACAGUAGGGCACAGCCCUCCCCAAAGCCUGGUGGUCAGGCCAAACGCUCAUUCUCAUUUUAGUUCUCAGCAGCUGCAGUUGCCUCUGUUAGAAUUUUCAGCUGUAUUUUGCAGCUGCUGUUCUGACACAAGUGCAAAUCCAUGACUCUGCAGCCAUGGUUUGGACUGCAAGAACAACCUGCACCUGCAAAACAACAGGACUUCCCAUUCCUGUGAAAAUUCCCACCAUGGGACUCUGAAAGAAUGGGGUGUUGUGGGCUUAGGGAGUUACAGGAGUCUGCACAGACCUUGUGGGUACAGUUCAAGUGCCAAGGUGUCAAGUGUUGAAUGUUCUUGCCUGACUUGGUCUGCUGGUGUAGACAGACACACAGCCACUGCCCAGGGCUGCCUGGUGAAUAGCUGAGCCAUCAGGCUCAGUCUGGGGGCCAGGCUUUGUUAAAAUUCCUGGAAUGCAUGAACCUGCCAUGAAGUGAUGCUGUAAAAGAGACAGCAGGAUAAUGGGGGUUGGCUUUGUUAGAAAGCUUUAGCCUUAAUUCCUCUGCCUUUGUGACAGACUGCUUUUCUUUCUCUAUGACUGAUAUUAAUUCUAGGUAGAACUGCAUGGCAUGCAAAGGGAUCUCUGUUUAGGUUUAUCUUGCAAGUCAGGUGUAACUUUGUGCCACUUUACAAUGAGAGAAUGUAUUAACAGGAUUCGUCUGACCUUGAAAAUCAUUUGGGCAGGCCCAGAAUGUCUAUUACAGUUCAAGUGCAGCUUGAGUGGUUCAAAUGUGUAGUGAGUGGCUAAAUAGUGUAAAAUACCAAGUCCAUGGAACAAAUACAGUGUCUCCAGGUCUAUUUCUAGUGCUGCUUUGACUCUGAUAUCCCAGCACUGUCCAUUGCCAGUUCAGUGGAACCAGCUUGUACCUUGCACAAAGCAGUGGAGUGUGUGAUGGAUGCCCUGUGGAUGGGCUGUCCCAGGCUCUGUGUGCUGGGGGAGGCCCAGUUUGUGGGGUUGGCAAUGACUGGUGCAAUUCUGAAGGACUUUGCCUCCAAAAUCAGUGUUUGGGAGCAUUACCUGUUGCUUCAUGGAGUCGUCAGCAGUUCGUCUCCCACGGGGUUGUCAUUGUCCCCUCGUGGAGAUGUCAUUGUGCAUGAUGUGAUGAGUGACUGGGGCUUUCCUUCUCUGUUCAAAAGCAUGAUUCACAGUCCUGUAGUUCAGGCUGGACUGAAAGCAGCCACCUGUAGUCAUUAAGUGCAAUAAGGACACCAAGGUGUCACUUCCACCCAGGCCAGUGCUCAAGCAGUGACACACCAUGGGGAGGGAGCUCUUGGCUGCAUGCUUUCCUUUCCUUUCCUGUAAGAGCUCAAAACCUGUACAGAUGUUCCUGCCAGAUGCUGGGAACAGCAUCCUUAGCACCUACCCUGUGCUUUGUGUGUCCAAAGCAUUUUACCUGCACACCAGUGGAUUUUAUCUUUCUGGACUCUGGAAUAGAAAUAAAUUGUGUACAGAAAAUGUGUACAGAAAAGUAAACACUUCCCAAAGCAAAUGAACUAGAGUACUUUUAAUAGCUUUUUUGGUGUAAUGUUGCAUAUAAGAGAUAGAACAGCACUUCAGGAUAAUUACUGAAAAAAAAAAACCUGUUGUAGUGAGGAUUCAGUUCUUCUGAGUUUGUAUUUAUAAUUUUUUUUUCCUGUCUUUGCCAGGGCACGGGGGUUAGAGCAGAGCUGAUUCUGGAAGUGACAAGCUAAGCUUUGUCCAUUUUUCUUCUCUGUGUUCUGUAGAAGUAGCACAAGUGUAGGGGCUUGAUGCUGCACCAGAGUUUGGGCUCAUUGCCAGACUCAAGUUCAGUCUUCAUUUAGCACCACAUGGAGAGUAACCCUGUUGCACAGGUGUGAAGGCUGAAUCUGAUAAUCAGACCAGACUUUAAUAUGUAUUUUGGAUCCCAGGACAGUUUCAGAGGACUGGAAGCUGCAGAAAUAAUGCUGUACUCUUUGCAAAGCCAAGAGCAGUUGCCCUGGAAGUAACUGAGACCAUUCCACAUCAUUGCCUGGGUCAGAAAACAGAUGUUGUGCUCAUGAAAUAGCUUAGAGGGUUUUAGGGGAAAAAGAUGUCCUGAACUGGAGGGAAAAACAAAAAAAUAAUCCAAAGUUUUAAUAGGAAUUUGGGAGUGAGGACAUAGAAGGAUAUAUUGUGAGAAAUUUCUGCUUUUUUUACUUGGAUUUUGAGCAUUUAGAAAACUCAAGCCUAUCUUUUUGGAUGUCAAAAUUGGACAGAUUGUCUUUUAAAAUAAAUACUUUUUUCCCUAAGAGAGGUGGUGUCAAAGUGAUACCUGAUUUAUUUUUUUAAAAAAAGGUUUUCAAAUACCAUUUUCCUGCAGAGGAGGGUUUGAAUGGGUUUUGUUAACAUUGCUCUUAAUAGGCUGUAGGAGGAAAAGUUUGAUCCAUCUAGAUUUCCACAUCUGGGAAUAUUUUUUAUGACUCUCCCCUAAUUUUUUUGGUGCAAGAAGAUAACACAAUCUCUACGUGUUUUAUUUGGUUUAAUAUGCUAUGGUGCAUUUUCAAAUGUAAUAUGUUCUUAAAGCAAAGUGCUGAAUGGAGCUAGAACUGACAAAAAGUCCACAUUUCUUCUGGCAGAGAAGCAGUGAAUGUUCUUACUGACAUAAAGAAUAUUGUGCAAAGAUCAGUGCUGUGCUAUCUAACAAAUGACAAACAAACUAAAAUCAUCCUUACUGAGGGUGCAUUUAGCCAGGCAGAAAAUUGACCUUGUAGUGCACAGUGGGACAAGAAGGCACAUAUUGAUUUUGUACACUCAAAUAGCAGAAGCAUUUAAAAAGGGCUUGACCAGGCCGUGCUGAGUAAAUUGUAUUUAUUUCUUAUAUUAUGCUAAUCAGCCCCCUGAUGCAUGGCACGUGGAACCAGGGAUCUGAGGCAGUAUUCUCACAAACCUUUUAUCUGUUUUCUAUGAAGCAGAUAUGUUCUUUUCUUUGUUGUUUUCUUCUUGGAGAUGCAAGCUUGUUUGGCCCACAAUCUGAGACUACUGGUGUGCACCAACUCUGUGUCUGGCUGCCUGCCAUGAAUACAUCAAUUAGCCUUAAUUAAAAGCCCUAUAAAAAGGAUUUUGUGCUAGGUUGGGCUCAGCCCUCUUUGCUCCAGGACAGGAUGAGGCUGGCAGAAUUAUUUCCCCUGUGGGACAGGGAAAGUCCAUUUAAGGAUAUUCAAAAAUAUGCUGUUAGGGGAAAAUGUGGGCUUCAGGAGAGCCAAAGCUCUUCCAGUAUCCCAAAAUCCUGUUGGAAAGGGGAAUAUAGUAUCUAAAUUAUGUAGCAUCAGUGUAUGGACUCUCUAUUUGCAGCUGGCCCUGCAAUGAACAGAGGGGGUUGGACCAAGUGAUUUCCAGAAAGUCACAAGUUCUGUUUUAUCAUUUGGUGAUUCUGUAGAUUUUAAUAGCACAAACAGGAGGUAAAUUUUGAAGGUUUUUAGUUAUGUCCUAUUUUUUUCUGAUUUUCAGUUUAAAUACCAUGCGGAGGAGCGUGUUGCCAAUUUUCCAGAUAAUAGCUGUGAGAGCCAAUACUCAUCAAACAGACAGCAGAGAAAUCUGGCAUAUUCUAAACUAUGGCAUAGAAAUAAAUUAAGCAUUUAGUCAGGCAUCAGCUAAAAUCCACACUUGGUGCCAAACACUGAGAAUAAUGUCUCGGUGACUAUGCAGUUUCUGGAAGCAGUGGGCUGAUAUGGAUACAUCAACAACACCCACACCCUCUUCCAGCCUCUUCCCCAGUCCAGUGAAAGGUGAUUACAUGUCUGAAAAUGCCAUCAAAAUAUCCAUAGCAUGUGAGCUGGUUUUCAGUGCAGCUCUGGCAGACCUGCACAUCCAAGGCUGUAGGAAAUGUGCAGGUUUCUUGUUAGUGGCUGGAUCUGGAGGUGAUUUUCAUCCCUCUGGAUUUUCAUCCCUCUGGACUCAGUCUGCUCCUCUCACAAUGUGUGCAUACCAUUGAUGAAAAGGCCUGGGCUUGUCCAAAGGCAUUGGGCACAUCCAUGGGGUCUGCCCAAGCCCCAUUCCCAGGAUUAUUCCCUGCUUGUCAAGGCACAUUCAAAGGUUUACACUGGCUCCAUUAUUAGAUGUUUUCCCAGACUCUGUAAUGUCCUCAGUCUCUAUGAUGGCUCAUGGGGUUGCUCACAAAAUACUUCCCAAUCUGUGGCUUAGCAACAAGUCUCCAAAUUAAACAGGAAUAACAGGGUGAGCCACUCUCAGGGCAUUAUUUUAUUAAACAAACCUUCAUCUUAUUUUAUUUUAUUUUAUUUUAUUUUGUUUUGUUUUGUUUUGUUUUGUUUUCUUUUAUUUUGUUUUGUGGUCCUUUUGUACACUCUUGAGCAGCGCAGUGUUCCACAGAAUGGCAGGGACUGGGGUGUUUGUGGGUUUUAAUGAGCCACUUUGAGAAGGGGAACUGGAGUGAGACACCAGCUUCUGCCAUGUGUGUGACCAUUCCUACUCCAGGUACACUUUGGGUGAACUUCAGCCCCAGCAGCAAUUUGAACCAGUGCCAUUUAGGGAUAGUAACAUUUCUCUGUAUUUCCUCAGGCUCUGCUCAGCUUCUCCCCGUGUCCAAUGCCAAGACAUGUGGGCACUUUCCUGUUCUGGACUUGUUUUCAGUAGAGUUUCCUGACAUGUUCCACCUCUUUUCUCUGUCACCACUUUUAUUUCCUAGAAAAGAGAAAAAAAAAAAAAAAAAAAGAAAACAAAAAGCACUUUCUGACUAAUCAUUGGGAAUUCAAUUGCAUCCAAGGCUGCUGCCAGGACCAUUAGUUGGAGGUCACAGUUCAGUUUGUAAAUUGGGCGUCUUAUCUGAACUCUCAUGGAAAAAGGCAUUUUUUUUUUCUAAAGGAAAACAAAAUUUCUGCUCUGCUUCUAAUUAGUCCUCUGUUGUCCCUGCAGGAUUAAUUACUGCCUUCUUCACUCUAAUCAUCAAAUGCUAUUUGGCAACAGCUUCAUUUUUUUUAUAUUUCAUUUUAUUUUAGGUAUAAUUAGGAGUCCUGGCAUUGCAAACAAUCUCAGUCAGGUUGUACCUUAAAAUUUCAGAGCUGAAAUAUCACCUCAACCAGUUGUUUAUAUUCAGCUUUUUGAAUACCAGCAACCCCACUGCACUCAGUGCAUGUUCAGAGCUCAUCCCUUUGAGGUCAUCAGUGUGUGAGUGUGAACAUCUUUCUCCUGAAAUCAAUCCCAGAAAGGGUUUUAUUCUGCAGGAUCCCCCACAAUGGGACUUUUAGAAAAUAAUUAUGGGUGCAAGGAUGCAAUGUCACCUCCCAACCCCUCCUGCUGCCUGUUGAUGGUCUGUAGCUUCCCAGAAAAAUCUUUUUUCUGUUUAAAGGAAGGGCUGAGGGCCACCAACUGCCUAAUUCUAUCAAGUGGUAAAUUGAAUUUAUUGGGUGAGAGAGGCAGUAGCCAGCAAUAAGGCAGGAUUUGGGUUUUAAAAAUCUGCCUGGUGGGAAUUGGGCAAGCUACCAGAAAGACAAUAAAGGAUCUAUCUGGCAAUGCAUGCCAAAGGAAUGCUAAACUUGUGAGUAGGAGAAUUUAUUGAUACCAGUGGAAAAGCUCAUUAGCAUUGAAGUGUGAAGCAGGUCUGUAAAUGUUCCUUUCAGCUGUCCCAAUAAAAUCCCUGCACUCAGACAAGGGGAGCUGAGGCUCAUUUCUGUGGAGGGCACAACUGGCUAACGAGCUUUCCCAGAAAACUUGCACACAAACCAUGUUUUCUCCAAUGUAGUAGUUGGCACUAUUUCCCUUCCAUGGGCACAUCUCACAGCUGACCUCAGUGUCAGCCUCCCCCUGCCCCUGUUUCACAGGGGUUCAGAGAUGCUCCUAAAGAUGGAAAUGCUGCAGCAUUUCUCCUAGGGCAGCUUUGUUCCCCCCUUCCUUGUUGGUUGUUGAUUUUUUGUCCUUUAAGAUAUUCUGCAGCCCUGUAAGGGAUGUGGGGCAGCCUGUGGGGCUGCAAGCAGAGGGAAAGGUUCACCAUAUCUUGUCUGCAAAACAUGCCAGCCAUAAAAAUACUCCUGCUAACAGUUUAAAGCUCCAAUGCCUUAUCAGCACAGUUUAUGUAACAAAAUCCCAUUAGUCCUGCCAACCACCCUCACAUGAAUUAGGACAUGAUAUGCUUCAUAAACCUUACAUACCCAUUGACUGUUCUGCUACACAGAGACUUCCCUGCCUGGGCUUUCAUGUGCAGGUGUAGCUGAGUAUCUUGAGUUAAUUUUUGUGCUUUGAAAGCUACAUAAUAUGAAGCAGGAUAUUUUCCACAAUGAAAUGAAGUGUUACCUUCCUUAUUUGUUUGUUUAUAUCUUUUUCUCGCCUCUUCCUUCCUCCUAUGUUUUCUUGCCUAGAUCAUUAGCCUAGCAAACUGUAGAAAUGGGGAGAUUGAUUAAGUGAUGUUGCAUCAGCAGAUUUAAUGAGGUAAUGAUCUGUUUUGCUGUUUGUGUUCAGGAGAAAUAAUAUGCUAAUAAGAAUUGUAGCAAGAGCAGAUUUUUUAAUGUCCUGCUUAAAUACCAGCCAGUGACUGAGUGGUUCAGUAAAGUGGUCUCAGCAGAUCUUCUAAAUUGUGUUCUCUGUUUUGGAGGUAAAUAUUUUCAAGCUUUGAGCAUCUUGUGUAAAUAUUCCUUCUAAGGUCAGUGGAAGUCUCUCCAUUAAUUUCUCUAGCACAGUUUGUGCAGAGGGACCAGGACACUGAGUCCCAGCGUGGGCUGAGCUUUCUCAAAACUGAGAACUGUGGGUACUAGAAUUUUAAUUUCAGGCCCUUGUCUAAUGCAAAUGGGUCCAAGAUUUCAUGCCCUACUAAAUGCUGCAUGCUGCAUGCAGAAAUGUAGAGGAUGUCUUUGAAGAUUGGGACAGCAAGGUGGAUUGCCAUAAAAAUCAGCUGACCCGAUCAGGGAAAGGGCACUUUUUAAUUAACACAUUUUGGAAUCCAAAAGACACAUUCUUGGUGUCUGAACUGUCAGUAAUUUCCAUCCAAAGUAACUGCUCAAAAUUCACGGCUGUCUGGAAUAUCCUUGCACAAGCCAGAUAUGUACAUAAGCUGUGCAAACUCCCUCUGGGGAGAAGCACAGCUAAAAAUAAAGCUAUUAUUGCCACCACAGAGAGAGAUGAUGACAAAGACAAGGGGCUGAGCACCAGGUGAGGCUGUGAGGCUGAAUCCUGCCAUGCAGCCCUCCAGCUGAGCAUUGCUGAUCCAGCUGUGGGCAGAUGUGCUCAACUUUUGGGUCCUGUUCGUGUCCACACCUGGAGCAGAGCAGGGAAGGGAAGGGGCAGCUUGUGGGGGGUUCCUCAGGUGUAUCCCCACCCCAGACCAGGCUUUGAAGGAUGAAAUCUUGGCUCUGGGAGGGACACAUGGGUUUUAGGCUUCCUCCCCUGCCUCCCCCAUCCCUUUGAUAUGCUUAUGAGUUCCCACACAUUUAGGCAACUAGUCAUCCUAGGCUCCUAAAUGCAGAAAAAUCUAGGGAAUUUAUACUGGGAAGAAAGAGGGACAAGGGGUGGGCACGAUCUGUGCACCCUCAGCUUUGCAGAAGUAUCCUGGUAGGAGCAUGUUCACAGAAUAAUCACAAUUAGUGGCAGGGGGAGAUUAUUUUUUAAUGAAUUGUCAUCGCAGGGGACCUCAUUACAGUCAAAACAUUGCACUGUUUUUCUAGGUUUUUUUCCUUAGGCUUCCCCCCCUUACCCAAAAUGACAAUAAAACUAAACUGAGCAGGAGCUGCUGUACAAACCUGCAGAGAUGUUUAACCUAAAAACCAGCCUGCCCUCACAAGGUACCCAUGGGGCUGUGCUGAGCACCCCAACUUGGCAUAACCUGCCUUCUAUUUAUUCUAUUUAUUUAUUUUUUCUGCUGAAAUUGUAAUGUGCAUUUUUUUCCUUCCCUUGUAUCACCUGCUCAGCACUCCCCACUCCACAUUUGUGGCACAUUUGUGCUGUGGUGUCUCUCUCCACCCUCCAGCACCUAACAGGGACUAAUCCCUGGAUCCCUGGCUUGUGGGAAUCUUUCUAUGAACAUUAGCAGGACUUUGAAAGCAUGGUGAGCUUUAAAUCCUCUUUUAUUUUUAUUUAUUUUAUUUUAUCCUGAGGUCCUUACUUUCUGUGUUCAAGUUUCAAGGUGUCCCAUUAGCUGAAAAAGCACCAGCUGGUAUAAUUGUGUUUGUGCCACCCUCAUGGAGAACUUGGGCAAAACAAGUGGUUUUAAAAGCUCAUGUUGGAAAACCUGAUCUACAGAGUGACUGCUGCUUUUGAAUGUAUGUGAUUCACAGACACGGGACUGUGGGGAGGAAAAGUAUUUUGAGAAAACUCUUUUUUUUGCAAGGAAGAAAUUGGGGGAAAGGGUUAUUGCUGGGGUGAUGUUUUUUUUGUUACUACUUGCUGCUCUUUGUACACUAGCCAAUGCAAAUGACAUUCAUGUUCCCAACAAUAUUUUUGAACAGCCCAGCUAUCUUUUUUGCUGUUGUUAAUAUACUGAGGAUUUGUGAGGAUUUUAAAUGCCUCUGCCUUUCAGGAUUAUUUCUACAAAAGCAAUUGAGAACUGUGUUUUGACAGCAGGAAGCUUAUAAAAACCUAGAGGAGAAAAAAAUAAAAUAAAAUAAAGCGUUUGAAAGUGAACAGCUAUGAAAGGAAUGCGUCUCUGCUACCAUAUCUGAAACCUGCAAAGCAAUCAGGAAUUGCAGCAAGGAAGGACCAUCUUUCUGCUGGAAAUCACACAUCAGUUUGUGCAGAGUGGAUGCUCCCUUGGCCACCUGUGUGCUGCCCAGGAGGGAGCUGGGGAUGCUUUUGUUGGUUGUGAUUCUCCUGUCACCCCUGGACGUUGCUGUGUGCUCGGGGAAAUUGGUUUAUCUGUAGGAAGCUUCUUGUUGCACUUUUCUGUUUGCUAAAAUUCAACAACUAGGAAAAUUGUGGGUCACUUUAAAGCAUUGGCAGACAACUGUUUCUAACCCAAAGGAAAAUGGGUUUUAGCACAAUGAACUGUACUUCUUCAGGGAGGAUCAAUGUUGAUUUUUUUUUUCCACACGUCUUUAUUUACAUGUGGCUAUAUUUUCAUUGAUACAGAAUAAAAAGUGCAUUUUAUUGACCUUGA